AUGUCUACGGGACGACUCUUGGUCAAUCAAUGUAUUGAUGCAUUGAUGAAGAAAUUAACUGAAAUCAGUGAAGAAAAUACGAAAGAAUUCAAUAUCUAUUUGUGGUACAGACAUUUGACGAUGGAUGUUAUUUGUCAUUGUGCAUUCGGAUUAGAUACUGACAUGAAAAACGAUAUUUGCAAUGAAUUUAUGAUCAAAGCAGAUGCAUAUUUUGAUCAACAUGUUGAAACACUUCUGUUGACGAAAUUAAGUUAUCUUAUGCCAUGGAUCACACCUAUUCUCGUUCUACUCCUUCGUAGUCAAUUAUGGCUUGGGCAGUUUUUACGUCGCAUAGCCCCAGCAUUGUUUCCUAAUAUUGUUGAUUCUGCACCUACGAUGUGGCUUCAGUGA